GCUCCAGCUUUCUAACAACCAACGACCCAUAUCUCAGAAAAAUUCUUUAACAAAAGGCUGAUAGCUACACGUUAGGAUAUCUCCAACAUGGCGUCCUCUAGCGAACAGCUUACGCACGAAGAGAUCUGGGAUGAUUCUAUUCUUGUCAAUACGUGGGACGAAGCACUCCAAGAAUACAAAAAAUACCACAGCAUCGAAGCCACUGGCGGUGACGUGAACAAGGUCCUUCAGGAAGCUUUGGGGGAGACGGAAAUGCCGGAUGCUACACCUUCUGAUCAGCAACAGUGGGCUGGGGAAGGAAGGGGGGUGCUGACACAGGGUGUUCAGGGCCCAGUCGCUAGCGAUCACGAGCAGAAUCCCGUCCACGGAGAAGAGCAAGGAAUCAACGGCUUACCAAGUCAAACAGUGCCCCCACCUGGACUACCACCGAUUCCACAAACCAUUAUCGGAGGGGCAGAGAAUGAAGUUUUGCGUAAUCUCAUGAUGUCUUGGUAUUAUGCUGGUUAUUAUACCGGGUUGUAUGAAGGGCAGCAGCAGCGGCAGCAUGGUAAGAACUGAAGCAAUUGAGGAAUGAAUCGUGCAAUACUCGUACACUCGGUAGCAUACCGGUACUCGAACAUGAAUACUUGUAGAUACCUUAUCUCAGAAGGACGGGGCAAGGUUCUUUAAUUAGACGGGGGAAAGGGGUUCGUGUAGAGUAUGCUUGGAUACCUACCUAGACAAGUUGAUAGGCUUAGAAGUUUGUUCAAUGAAGUUUUUGUCUCUUUUUUA